ACUGUUUCUUUUAAAUAAUGAAAAUUUCCAAAUAAAUAAUUGUCCUAUUAUUAUACAUCCAAAAUACAUGUAAAUAAGAAGCAAGACAAUGAUUUGACUCGUACCGUCAAAAUUUAUCAUUUAAUGAGCAAAUGUCGGUGAGCUUUCCACAGAUCACAGCAAAGCGUCAACCACGGUGGUGUAAUUCUAAAGCAAAAUAAUUCAAUUCAGAUCGAUUCGAUUUGUACAACAAACUCUCCAUUCCAUUUCUCAGCAUAUUCUUCGCAUCGACAGAAUCGCGGGAACUCAAUUCUGUAACAUCUCGCAUCUUCUAGGGUUUAUUUCGCACCUCAUUGCAUUGAUUCAACCGCUGCCAGUUGAAUUCCGGUGGCUACGCCAUCAGAUCUAAGCCUAAUCUAUAAUAUCUUGUUUUCUCAGAUCAUAUAAUUCAGUCCUGACAUUUGGAGGAAGGAGAAAGUGAGUGAGGGAGGCUUUGGAAUUUGGAUGAUGAAACAAGGCAUGAUAGAAUGCAGUGUCUGUCAUUCUAAGUUGGUGAAUCCAUCCGCAAAGACAGUCUCACGAGCUUAUGAUCGACAUCGAAGCAAGCUUUCAAAAAAGCAUCGUGCACUCAAUGUUCUCUUGGUUGUUGGUGACUGCAUGUUAGUUGGCUUACAGCCGAUUUUGGUGUACAUGUCCAAAGUUGAUGGGAAGUUCAAUUUUAGCCCCAUCAGUGUUAACUUUCUGACAGAAGUUGCAAAGGUUGUCUUUGCACUUGUCAUGCUUCUAAUUCAGGCUAGAAAUCAGAAGAUUGGAGAGAAGCCACUUCUUUCUGUAUCCAGCUUUGUACAGGCAGCUCGCAACAAUGUGCUUCUUGCUGUUCCAGCAUUCCUCUAUGCUAUCAAUAACUACCUGAAGUUCACCAUGCAGCUUUAUUUUAAUCCUGCAACUGUAAAGAUGCUAAGCAAUUUGAAGGUCUUGGUAAUUGCAGUUCUCUUAAAAAUGGUGAUGAAGCGUAAAUUUUCAAUAAUUCAGUGGGAGGCUCUUGCUUUAUUGCUUAUUGGAAUUAGCAUAAAUCAAAUGCGUUCUUUACCUGAGGGAUCUACAGCAAUGGGUCUUCCAGUUGCAAUGGGUGCAUAUGUCUAUACAUUCAUCUUUGUAACUGUUCCAUCUAUGGCUUCAGUCUUCAAUGAAUAUGCACUCAAGAGUCAAUACGACACUAGCAUCUACAUGCAGAAUUUGUUUUUAUAUGGAUACGGUGCCAUUUUCAACUUCCUAGGCAUCCUUGGAACUGUCAUUAUUAAAGGUCCUGAAAGCUUUGAUAUUUUACAAGGACAUUCAAAAGCUACGAUGCUUUUAAUUGUGAACAAUGCAGCUCAAGGAAUUUUAUCCUCUUUUUUCUUCAAAUAUGCUGACACAAUUUUGAAAAAGUAUUCAUCAACAGUUGCUACAAUCUUCACUGGCUUUGCAUCUGCAGCUUUAUUUGGUCACACUCUCACUAUAAAUUUUAUGCUUGGAAUUUCCAUUGUUUUCAUCUCAAUGCAUCAGUUCUUUUCGCCUCUUGCUAAAGUGCUAACGAAGAGGCUACUCAUCGUGUAGAAGCUGAUGAAAGAAGGCCUCUGCUUCCUACUUGAAAUGGCAACAAAGGUUUCUUCUUUGAAGUGUUUUGUGGGACCCAGGUGAAGAAGAAGGAAAAAAGAAAAGGAUACUUUACAAUGAUGAUGAUGAUGAUUGUGGAUAUGGUUGAAAAAGUAUACUCAAGUUUAGAUAGAACUUUAAUAUCAUUGUAUACAAACAACAUGUUAAGAAGAUAAAAAAAAAAUCGGGAAUUUUUAUUUGUGUAUUGUUUUUACCUUUACCUUUACCUUUACCUACCUUAGAGAAAGACCACUCAUCCAACAUUCAAAUUCACCACUUUUUUGGUUGUGUGCAAGUGUAAAUCUAGGAGAAUUUUUGCUGUGUUUUAUUCCUUGUAAUAUUUGGCUUCAAGAGCAUUAUUAUUACUUGUAAUCUCCUCAAAUUCGUUUUUUGAGUUUUGUUUUAUCAACAUAUAUAUGAACUUAA